CUUCGGCCGCGGCUGAGUCUCCCUGGCUCCAGCUGCCGCCGUCUGCUCCUGGCUGCUCCGGCUGCGACGGGUCCCCGGCGCUCAACGCUCGGCUCGGGCAGCUCCUGGACUCCCGCGGCUCGCGCUCGGGUCCCGGCGCGGCUCAUGCCCCGGGGCGCGGGGCGCGCAGGUGGGCCGGCCGCCGCGGGGAGAUAGGCCCCCAGGGGCGCCGCGGACCAUGGCGCGGAGACCCGGGGCGCCCGCCGCCUACCGGGAGGAGUUUUCCUUCGUCAGCCCGCUGGUGAAGUACCUGCUCUUCUUCUUCAACAUGCUCUUCUGGGUGAUUUCCAUGGUGAUGGUGGCAGUGGGUGUCUACGCCCGGCUGAUGAAGCAUGCGGAAGCAGCCUUGGCCUGCCUGGCGGUGGAUCCUGCUAUCCUGCUUAUCGUGGUGGGUAUCCUCAUGUUCCUGCUCACCUUCUGCGGCUGCAUCGGAUCCCUGCGUGAGAACAUCUGCCUCCUACAGACCUUCUCCCUCUGCCUCACCAUCGUGUUCCUGCUACAGCUGGCUGCUGGGGUCCUGGGAUUCAUCUUCUCAGACAAGGCUCGAGGCAAAGUGAGUGAGAUUAUCAACAACGCCAUUGUGCACUACCGGGAUGACCUGGAUCUGCAGAACCUCAUUGAUUUUGGCCAAAAGAAGUUCAGCUGCUGUGGAGGAAAUUCCUACAAGGACUGGUCCCAGAACAUGUACUUCAACUGCUCAGACGAUAACCCUAGCCGUGAGCGAUGCUCUGUCCCUUACUCCUGUUGCUUGCCUACCCCAAACCAGGCAGUGAUCAACACUAUGUGUGGCCAAGGUAUGCAGGCUCUUAAAUACUCGGAAGCUAGUAACGUCAUCUAUACCAACGGCUGUAUUGACAAGUUGGUCAACUGGAUACACAGCAACCUAUUCUUACUUGGUGGUGUGGCACUGGGGCUGGCCAUCCCCCAGCUUGUGGGCAUCCUGCUGUCCCAGAUCCUGGUGAAUCAGAUCAAAGAUCAGAUCAAGCUACAGCUCUACAAUCAGCAGCAUCGGGCUGACCCAUGGUACUGAGAAUCCAUCCUGUACUUCCUCACCAUGGCAACGGGCAAGCCUCACUGACCAGCAGCAGCAGGUGCUGAGAACAGUACCCAAGGAGAUUUGAAUUCCAGCUCCCUAGCAAUCAUUGCCCACUGGGAUGAAGCAAACUUCAGAUGGGCAGAAAGAAGGGAGGGUGUAUAGGGGGCUCAGGUCUCAGAGGAUGUGCCUCCCUCCCCCAUCCUAGCCAUCAGCAUUAUCAAGAGAGUUAUUUUGUGUUGUUUCUAACCUUAAGUGUUUGAGUUUACAUUUUUAAGUUUUGUCUAGGAGAGAAGUUUGGGAAACACCAGUUACACAGCAACGUAGGAGUAUUAGCUGCUGUUUCUUCACCGAGGCAAAACAGCCAACAGCUCUAUUAGGGCUGCCACCGAGCUUAGUGGACACACUUAAGUCUGUGUUGCCCUCAAAACCUGGCUGUGGAGACUAAAUACCACAGCACUGCCUGGAGUCCAGGAGAAGAGAAGAGCGUGGGACCAGGCAAUAGGGAAUGUGGGGGUCGGCUGGGGACAGCUGUGUUGGGUAGGAGUGGAAGGAGGUAUGUUUACCAGAUGCCUGUCUUCCCAGGUAGUCAGAGUGAGCUACACCUGCACCUCCCUCAUUUCCAUGGUAACAUGACAGCAAAGGCAAGGGGUACAACAGCAGUCAAAUUCAUCCUCACCCUGCGCUCUCUGUAAGUUUAGAACCACGAUCUCUAUACUUUGCAGCACCCUGAAGAAGGGGGACUGAGCCACGUCCUUGAAUUUAUCUAUCAGGUCCUCCCUUUCCAGCAAGUGGGAUUUUCUUUAACUUGGCAGUGUGGAAGAGUGGUCACACCCACACCCCCCUGCAAGAGAACUUAGUGUUUCUACAGUGUAAGAAGCAGGAAUCUUGCUGGGGAUAAGGGUGCCAAGAGUGGCAAUAAAAAGCUUAUUGACCUGAGCUAGGCUGGCCUCCAUGAAUUUUCCAUUCUGGAACCUAGAAGGGGAAAAGCACAAGAGUCCAGCCCUGGGCCCCGCCUUCUGGAGAAACCGGAGACUCCUCUAAAGGGCACAGACCUCUGAGGCCCGACAUGGCCCAUCUCCCUCAGCUUCGCCCUUCGGGCCUAAAUUCGAACAAAAAGUCCAGUUCUGAUCUGUAAACUGUGCAUUUUAAUCCCAAAGCCCCACGAGAUUUUUUUUCUUUCUUUCCUUCUGAAUUGAGGAUCAAAAUUAAUCUGUCACCAAGAAUUUAGGAUGGAGGUGGGGAAGGUAGGCUAAGAGCAACCUUCACCAGGGUGAGGGUUUCCCCCCUCUCCUAUGAGAAGGAAGAAGCCGAUCUCUUCUCUGCAGUCUGGCCCGCUGGUGGCCGUCCUUGCGCUGUGGCUGACAGAGCUGAGAGUAGCAGCACAGCGUGCCUUAGGGAAGACUCGAAAACACUCGAGGA